GACAUCUGGUGGGAGGGCAUUCCACAGGGCGGGUGCCACUACCGAGAAGGUAGUGCCUUGGAUCCAUAAGGAUUGCCCUGGAAGACACUGUAUCUGUGAUUUUUAUGGGGCGGUCAAUGAGGAUAGAGGGGUUCAAUGAUUUGGGGAUGGUUUUGCAGGGGAGGGGGAACUCACAUUGAAAUCACACAGUUUUAAGAGGCUCCAUUUUGUUGGAUCUAAUGUGUAUUCAUUUGAACAUGCAUUCUCCCACCUCAUAGUUGCUCUCUUUCCCUCUUCCAAAUUCCUUCCCUUUCUCUGCUACGUUAUUGGUUGCUUUACUUUCUGUCCAUCUGCUCAGGUGCCAACCUGAACUUUGAAAAGCUCUUUGAACUGAGAGAGGAAGCAAGAGGGAGUGUCGCUCUUUCAACUUCCUCCUUCAGCUUCAUGAACUUUUCAGUGAGAAAAAUGGUAAUUAUCCUCACCAUCUCAUGACAAAGGGGGCAGUGGGCGAUGUGGGGGUAGGGAGCUCAAAGGCUUUGUGGCCACCAGAGGAAGACCUUGAGGGCCCCAGGUUGGGGACCCCAGCAUUGUGGAGAUGGAGGUCUGCCUAAUUGUGGCAAUUGCCCAAUGAGCAGAGAUGCUGAGGCACUGAGAUAAAUUUAAGGAUGAGAAAAAUGGGUUUCUUUUAGGGGGAAAUUGUGUUAUUUCUCUAGCAUAUGUCUUGUUUCCCCCUUUGUUGCUCCCUUUCCCAUACUCUCCAUUACCAGAUACCCUGCUUCCCUAAAGCCUGGGCCUUAAACACCCAGGUCCUGAGAGAGGGGGAAGUCGGGGUCUCUAACUGUACUUAGCUAAUUGCAAGCUAUGCUACAGGAGAAUAAGCAGCCCUCCGCUGAGGCUCCCGGCUCCCCUGCCUCUACCAGCAACGACAUGGACGAAGGGGCUGACGGCACGCAGUAUCCGCCAUUGCAGAAUUACUCGGUCCUGCAUGGCUUGGUGGGGCCAGCCUGCAUCUUCUUGCGCCAGAGCAUCGCCAUCACGCAAAUCGACAGAGAACUGCGACCAGAGGAGAUCGAAGAGCUAAAGGAGGCCUUCCGAGAGUUUGACAAGGACCAUGACGGCUACAUCAGCUACAAAGACCUGGGGGAAUGUAUGCGAACCAUGGGCUACAUGCCCACUGAGAUGGAGCUCAUUGAAUUGUCUCAGCAGAUCACUGGAGGGAAGGUGGAUUUUGAUGACUUUGUGGAACUGAUGGGCCCCAAGAUGCUGGCAGAAACGGCAGACAUGAUUGGGGUGAAAGAACUGCGGGAUGCCUUCCGAGAGUUUGACACAAAUGGCGAUGGACAGAUCAGCAUAGCUGAGCUAAGGGAAGCCAUGCGCAAACUCUUGGGACAGCAGCUGAACUACCGUGAGGUGGAUGAGAUACUCAAAGAUGUUGAUCUGAAUGGGGAUGGCCUUGUGGACUUUGAAGAGUUUGUACGGAUGAUGUCUCGCUGAGAGCAGCCAGCAGCAGCAGCCCCAGGCUGAAGUGCCUUACGGAGAGGAGAGACUUCAAGCUGCUGUAUAUCCUGAUCUAACCAUCAGGAGCAAUGGCAGCAUGCGAGAACUUCCUACACAUCCUGUGUACCCUGCUUGGAGCCAAACAGCCACUCCUAAAGUCCAGAGACUUGCAUCAGCUUCAGCACCUUCAAUGACAUCCUUGACUGGAUCUCAAGACUGAUACCCCAUCUACUGUUUUAGAGACAGCCACGACCCCAAGCUCUCAGGCUCCGGAUGUCAUUGUACCUUGCCUUUACUCUGUUCUCUGUAACGCUGACCUUUCACCCCAAGCAUACCUUAAGAAGGAACAAUCAACCAACAACAAAACUCUCUUAAAUAUUCUGCAUGCAAUGGUGUGACAAUAUUUGAAACGCUUCACCGUCCUAUUCCAAGAGGGGCUGCUUUCCUUUCCUUUCCCCCUCUCUAAACGGUGUUUGUUUUUAAAAGUACAUUCUUCUCCACUGUGGCAUGCUCACCCCCACCUCUGACGUCCUUUCUAAGUACAGUGGAACAAUGGCAAGGAGUUGGCUUGUGGUCCCAAACGGAACAGGGAUUGUUCUGGAAACUGGAUGGGCUGGCGCUCACUGCCUGCUAUUAAGCCAACCUUUGUGACUUAAUGGGAUCUAUGGUGCAUGAAUGUUCAUUAGGUUUACUGGAAGUGGCAGCUGUGUGAUCCAGAGGUGUUCGGCCCUCAAAAGAUCUGGGAUUCUGACAUGCAAAACCUUUGCCUCCCAAAACCCAGGGACUGCUUCUGUCUCUACAAACGACAAGCUGCUUUAUAGAUUGCCCUUCAGCUAACUGACUAUGGCAUAUUCAGCGGCCAUAUUUCCAUCCAUAUUUGGAAUCCCCAUUUACUUGUGAUUUUCAAACUGUGUUCUGGAGAACCCCUGGGGUUCCUUAGAAGCUUAACAGAGGCUACUCAAUGAGAAAGUCAGGAUGGAUUUUCCAGCUUGCCCAUUACUACCAACUGUCUUCUGAACUAUGCAGCCUCAGGGGAGAGUUGGGUGAGCUCUAAGUGAACACCUCAGAAUCCUUUGCCAAAAUAAGAAGAUUCAGUAGCAGAUAAGUUGAUGUGGGCAAAGUUGCCCAAAGUUAGAAAAUCCCAGUGCUCUGUUGCUGGAAACAUAUUUUCACUUUCCUAUUGAAAAUCAAACUGUUCUGUCAAUUCAAAUUCUUGUUUCAGCUGAAAAGACCAGUGCAUUGGAGGGAAGAUGAUGGCCUCAAACCUACAUUUCCCUCUGUUGUGAAUGUGACUCACAUUGUUUAUUUUUUUCUCACAUAUGUAAUACCAUACAUUUAGCUGUAUCCAAACACUUACUCAAGCAAGCUCAAU